AUUAUUCUAUCUUAGCCUACUCAGUCCUUAGUGCCUCUGUACUUCGGGAAAAUCUCUAGUAUCAGCUGUGGCUAGAACCACAGAUAGGCACUAAGCUUGGGAGAGAAACCAACAGGUACCUUGCUGGAGCUGCGGGAAGCACUCUGAGAGCUGUUCAUACAGGUGACAUACACGUGUUCUGGACACCUGGACCACCCACUGGUAUCGUACCCAUUUUGUUCGUUCUGGAGUGUGACAAUGAAGAAGCCGGGCCAAAGGAGAGGUGCUCAUCUGGCGAGGCCAGCAGCUCAUCAGAAGUGGACAGCUUUAUACUGGGAGAUAACUGAAACGAGGAGACUUUAGCAAAAAGCAAAGAAACGGAAGAAGAAACAGGAGGACUUCUUCAAGCUGGGAUUCAGACAUAGCCUGGCGGUGCAGGGGACAAUGUAACAUGGGCUGAUACUCUGUUUCCACAUGUACUUCCAGCCUCCAGAGGCAGCGCCAGGUGUGGCUGCCCCUGGGGAGGGCUGUGGAGCGCUGGAACCCCCAAAGGCAGUUGGGCAGCGACCGUUGGAGAGGAAUCAGCCGAAGCAGGCAGAGGGAAACAGGCAGAGAAGGGAAGUUAAGAAAAAACCCGUAAAACUACGCCUAAAGGAGCACCUGAGGCUAGAAGAUGGAGAUUCUACAGACCACAACAGAAAAAAGAAGGCAACCUGGAAAAAAAAGGGAAGGCAACUCUGUAAACUCCGCUGGCCAAGUGAUAAAAAAGAGUAGGGAUAUGUCCUCAGCACCAACUACUCCUCCAUCAGUGGAUAAAGUAGACGGAUUUUCUCGGAAGUCCGUCAGGAAAGCCAGACAGAAGAGGUCACAAAGCUCCUCCCAGUUUAGGUCUCAGGGCAAGCCUAUUGAGUUAACUCCCCUGCCUCUGCUGAAAGACGUUCCAUCUUCAGAGCAGCCUGAACUGUUCCUAAAGAAACUUCAACAGUGCUGUGUCAUUUUUGACUUCAUGGACACGCUUUCAGACCUUAAAAUGAAAGAAUACAAGCGCUCCACUCUUAAUGAACUGGUGGACUACAUUACAAUAAGCAGAGGCUGUUUGACAGAGCAGACUUACCCUGAAGUAGUUAGAAUGGUAUCUUGCAAUAUCUUCAGAACUCUCCCACCUAGUGACAGCAAUGAAUUUGAUCCAGAAGAAGAUGAGCCCACCUUGGAGGCAUCGUGGCCACAUUUACAGCUUGUAUAUGAGUUUUUCAUACGAUUUUUGGAAAGCCAAGAAUUUCAGCCCAGCAUUGCCAAAAAGUACAUAGAUCAGAAAUUUGUAUUGCAGCUGUUGGAGCUAUUUGACAGUGAAGACCCUCGAGAACGGGACUACCUAAAAACAGUCUUGCACAGAAUUUAUGGCAAGUUUCUGGGUCUUAGAGCAUUUAUCCGAAAACAGAUUAAUAAUAUUUUUCUACGAUUUGUUUAUGAAACUGAACACUUCAAUGGCGUAGCUGAACUGUUGGAAAUUUUAGGAAGUAUUAUCAAUGGUUUUGCUUUACCUCUUAAGGCAGAGCAUAAACAGUUCCUGGUGAAGGUGCUGAUUCCUUUACAUACUGUCAGGAGUUUAUCACUCUUCCAUGCACAGCUGGCAUAUUGCAUAGUACAGUUUCUGGAGAAAGACCCCUCGCUCACAGAACCAGUCAUCAGAGGCUUAAUGAAAUUCUGGCCAAAAACCUGCAGUCAGAAAGAGGUCAUGUUCCUAGGAGAGCUGGAGGAAAUCUUGGAUGUAAUUGAACCGUCACAAUUUGUCAAAAUCCAGGAACCCUUGUUUAAACAAAUUGCCAAGUGUGUCUCUAGUCCUCAUUUUCAGGUGGCUGAAAGAGCACUGUAUUAUUGGAAUAAUGAAUACAUCAUGAGUUUGAUAGAGGAGAAUUCAAACGUUAUACUUCCCAUCAUGUUUUCCAGCCUUUAUAGGAUUUCUAAAGAGCACUGGAAUCCGGCUAUUGUGGCUUUAGUCUACAAUGUGUUGAAGGCUUUUAUGGAGAUGAACAGCACCAUGUUUGACGAGCUGACAGCCACUUACAAGUCAGAUCGUCAGCGUGAGAAGAAGAAAGAGAAAGAACGUGAAGAACUGUGGAAAAAACUGGAGGAUUUGGAAUUAAAGAGAGGUCUUAGACGUGAUGGAAUAAUUCCAACUUAACAAAAAAACAAAACAGCAUUAUUAACCUGUGGAGUCACACAUUUAUGUAGUAGAAGAUGGAGCAACAGUUUUCUGUAUUGUGCAACUUUACAGUAGAUUUCACAUUUGUUUCAUUAUUACAACAGCACUGUAUAUACCUGUCUCUAAGUAAAGGAAAAAAAUAAGGACUUUAAUCCAAAGUUUGGACAGCAGAUGGACUUCUCAGAACUUUGCAAACAUAAUCAUUGUUUUAACCCUUCUUAAAAACCAGUCUUCAAAGAUCUGUUGAUGAAAAUUGCAAUGUCAAAUUCCAUUGUCAGGACCUGUUCCUUAUUUAUCGUUAGCAGAGAGUAUAAUACAACUUUCAAAUGUGAACAAUCUUAAAAUUUAGCUUGUCUUUCUGCUAAACUGUUAAGUGUAUUUAUAGUAAAAGAGAAAAAAAGACUGUCAUUUCCUUAUGAGUUUGUGUAACAUCCUCCUUCUCUGGAUAACUUUACUGUAAUUUGACUUUUUUUUUUUUCCUUUUGCACAUCUUCAUAAGUUGAAUGUCCAUUCAGAUCAGGACCAUGAGAAAACAUAGGUCCUGAAUAAAAGUUUUGUUUACUGGUGUGAGCAUUUUUUAGUACCAGGCUGUCUCUGGUGCUUCUUUAAUUUGAACAUUAGGAGUAAAAAAAAAUAGUAGGUGAUAAACAUAGUAGAAAAGGGAGCUUUGGAUUCACGCACCUAUUUAUUGCAAAUCCAAAUUAGUGUCCACAAUCCUUUAAAAAUGGGCAGUGGUAACACCCUAGAUUUCAGUACCUAACCAGUAUUAGUGUUAUGGAAUUGGACACAAAUACCAGACCUGUUUUAGAAAUACUAAUUGCUAAACUAUUACAGUAUGUUUUUAUUGGACCAUUUUGAAAGAAUAAAGACAAACACUAAACAGUGCAAGCAUGAAAUUGAUCUCCAAUGGUCAUGGAUCUGAUUGGGAAAUGAGUUGAGAUAGCAGUUUGGACUGUUUGGAGUUGUUGCCUUACUUUUUAAUAUGUAUUUAUAAAGUGUUCCAGCAAAAGAGGAUGUAGCCUCUAAGAAACAUACUAUAGUGUUUUUGUGGUUUUAGUACUAUUACUCAUCACAAUACCAGCCCUAUGAUCUUAGCUGGAAAGGAUUCUGGAUAAUAUACUUCUGCAUUCUCAUCUGGAUGCUCAUUCCUAACUACUGUAUUUGUUACCAAAAGUGGUUCUACAAAUGCUACUGAAAAAAUUCUGGAAAUCCUAAUGUUCUGAGUAUUAAUAAUAAAGUUUAAAAUGCUUUUAUA